GACAUCUUUGAAAGUUGUAAACAAAAAACGGUCUCUAAAAAAAACAUUAAAAAUGAUUAAGGAUUCUUAGCUUCUUGCUCAGAAGUAUGAGGGAGAAUUUCAAUUCCCACUCAUAAACCACUUGCACGGAGAAUGCGAUUAAACAAUUUCAACUAAAAAUGGAUAAUACCUCACCUCAAAGUUCGAUAAUAAAACCCGAAAAAAUGAAGAUAGAACCAACUGAAGACGAGCAAAUAAAAAUCGAGUAUUCAAACACAGAUACAACAGAUUUCCCGAAUCCUCCCAACAUGAAAAAAGAACCAGACACCCAUACACCAUCCAGUGAAUUCGUAGCCUUCAACGAAUUCCACAUAAAGGAAGAAGAGCCUUUCGUAGACAUUUCCUCAGAAUCCGAGGAAGUUUACUCAUCAAAUAUGAAACAAAUAGUCGAAGAAGUCGAUCUGAACGCUGAAGUUCAAGAAUCAAGCUUGAAUCUAGAAGACGAGGAAGUAAAAGUUAUCCCAGAAGAUGAAGAAGCUAAUCCAGAAAACCAAAAUCCAUUUUCUUCUUUCAACGAGAGCAAGACAGAUCCACCCGAAAUUAUUCCAGGCAAGAAACGAAAGAAGAGAAAGUUGUCGAAAGCGGAAGAAAGAGCUCUCAAGCAACAAAAAUUAAUAUCCGGUCAUCCUGUCCAUCCGCCUUGUCAAAAUUGCAGACUGAAAUGCAGCGAGCGCGUGAGUCCACAAAUCCGGGAAAAUAUGAACAAGGAAUUCUGGAGUCUGAUUGGUUUAGUCAACAGACGUUCAUUCAUCAUAAAACACGUGAAACGAGUCGAGGUUAAAAGACGCACAGCAGCGGCCAACAGCAAGAAAAGAAACAACGUUUUCAAUUAUUAUCUUUCGGACGAGAGCGGGGAGAAAAUGAAAGUAUGCAAGACUUUUUUCCUCACUACUCUAGGAUUCAAGGCAAACAAUGAUUGCGCUUUAUUCAAUGCGAUGCGGGAUGUUGACAACGAGACCCUGGAACCGAGGAUGGACAUGCGUGGUAAAGUGAAGAAUCAGGACAAGAAAUUAUCGAGGAACAAUGCGAUUCACAGACACGUCAACAGUUUUCAUCCCUGCAUUUCUCAUUUCCGAAGAGAGGAUCUUCCGAGUAGACGCUACGUUUCGAAUGAAUUGACCAUCAAAGACAUGCACGCGGAUUUCACCGAAAAAUAUCACGCUUAUCGAUCCUGUUCCUAUGAGUCGUACAGGACCAUUUUAAUGGAUAUGGAUGUCAGUUUCGCCAAAGUCGGAAUCGAAGAGUGUGACACGUGUGAAAGUUUUAACAAACACGAUCCGAGUCAUGAUAGGAAACAUUUAGCUCCGGAUUGUGAUACUUGCUACAAGUGGUCGAUCCAUAUUAAACGAGCCUCGGAGGCGAAAGAAAAGUACCAGAGUCACGUGGCGGAAGUUUCGAUUAAUCUGGAGACGGCCUAUUUCACAGCGGAUUUGCAGAAAGCGGUUCUUUUGCCGAAAAUGGAUCCCUUCAAAGUGGUCAUGUUCACUCGACGGCUUCUUGUAUUUAACAAGUGUUUUCUGCCGCUUUCGCCAACUGAUAGUAAUACGAAACCGUUGGUUCUACUUUGGCAUGAAGGUAUCGCGGGGAGAAAAGAGGAGGAGAUUAUAAGCGUCUUUUAUCAGUUCUUUCUCGAGCACAGAGAUAAGAAGAGGAUUGUUUUGUGGCUUGAUGAUUCCUACGCGCAGAACAAGAACUGGAAGUUUUUGACUUUUCUCGUUUACAUUGUGAAUUCGCGAGAUGUUGAGAUUGAGAGUGUGGAGAUUUUUUAUUUUGAGGCUGGACACAACUGCAUGGCGAUGGAUUCGUUCUAUCAUCAAGUGGAGACGUCGAUUAAGCGGAAAGGGAAGAUUUAUGAUUUCAAGGAUUUUGAGAAUGCUGUGAGACAACCGAAUUCGAAGAAUUUUAAUGUCAAGACUUUGACUCCUUGGGAUUUCAGGGAUUUUAAGGACGAGUCUUCGUCGCAGAAACUGAAGACUUUGAUAUCGAAGCCGCUGAUGAAUGACAUCAAGUAUUUGAAAGCGGCUAGGAAGAGUUUCACGCUGAAGUAUAGAAUGAAUUAUGAUGAGAGAAUGGAUUUGGCAGAGUUGGAUUUUUUGCGGGUCAAAGUGAUGAAGAGUGGAUUGUCGAAGCCUGCGGUUGUUGGUACUUAUCGGGGAAUUCCGGAGGAAAAAAAGAAGGAACUUGUUGAGAAACUGGUGGAGGAUAUGCCAGUGAGCAGACGAGAUUUUUGGUAUAAUUUGCCGGUAGGAGCUGUUCCUGAUCUGAUUGACAAUAAUGAAUAGAGUUCUUGAUGUUUUUUUUUUUGGAUUCAUUUAGAGUUCCUUAUUACGUUUUCAUUUAACGUAUUAAAUAGGGUAGACGUUUUGUAUAAAGUUGUAAAAAGUAUAGU